UCCGCCAUGGAUUUCCCAUCGACUCGAAGCACACAGAGCCUGCCAUCAUGCGCGUCGUGCCGCCAUGGCCCGAAUCACAUCGGGACUGCCUCCUCGCUUCGUUUGCCUCGCCUCGAUCCCGUUCCUCCCUCUCCUAACUGUUCCACCACCGAGCCUUUCCUCGGCAUCAAAGCUUCCUCCUCGCACUGCUUUAUGGCAUUACAUAUUCUCCCUUCUUCUCCGGCCGGACAUAUCAGUAGCGUCUGCAGUCCACUUCGUUGAUUUCCUCUUUGGAUCCGUCGCGGUUCGAAUCAAGUUAAACCAAGGCGCCAUGGCUUCCGUCGCCGAGGAUAAUGCUGUCGUCACUGAUCACUGCCCCAUUGCUUCUCUUCCCGACGAUCUGCUUGUCGACGUCUUUCACUGCCUUGUGCCAAUUUCCCACCUUUCAUCCGCCUCUUCUAACCAGCAGAACCCGCCUACAGCAUCGUCAUCAGCGACGUCGUCCAACACCUCCUCCCCCUCGCAAGCCUCUUUCCCGUUCGUGUCUCGUCGCUGGCUUCGACUCGCAUAUGUUGCGACCACGUCUUUCCGCCUGACACGUCGUCCGGGAAUCUCAGCCUCACAGCUCCUCUGCGCCGUUAGCCGCAUGCCAAGGCUUGAGUCUCUCUGCAUCGAUUUCUUUGGAGCAGAUCCUGUGACUGACGACCUCGUUGCGCAGGUCGCGGCCGCUUGUCGACCGCUUCUGCGGUUUUCGCUGCUCUCCGGCCUGCGUGGUGAUCGAAUUGGCGAGGAUGAUCGUGUCUGGACGUCCCUAGCGCUCGAGGCGGUGUUCCAAGGUUGCACACAUCUGAAGGAGCUCGUGCUCGAAUGCCCGCCCGCCAUCACAGAGUUUCCUUCCAGUGUCACAAACCUGGCUGGACUCGUACGUCUCAUCAUUUCUUCAAACGGCAGCAGUUUUAGCCUUCCUACAUACAUCGGCAACCUUCGUGCUCUGAGGGUCCUCCACUUGGGAGUUCGUCGCCUCACCGAGCUGCCGGAAAGCCUUGGCGACCUCUGCAAUCUGCAGGAGCUGAAGCUCAACGGCUGCUCCGAUCUGUCAUCAAUACCCGAGACAGUCGGGCGACUCUUGAAGCUACGUGUCUUUCAUGCCCAGGGUUGUGACAACCUUUCCUCCCUCCCUGACGCUCUUUUCAGCUGCGCGUCAUUGGAAUCACUGGCGAUCUACCUGCGAAACCUGGCCAGCCUGCCGGAGAGUAUUGGGCAGCUGCACAGCCUUCGGCACCUCAUUGUGUGCAACAGCGUCACGGCUCUAGAGCUUCCUGCAUGCUUCACGCAGCUGUACUCCCUCGAGAAGCUGACUCUGGUCGCUGCUCAUGCUGCCGGAGUCCCUGGUGCAUCUCAGUGCCUUGGAAAAACUCGGGUGUUUCAAUUGCACUGAGCUCUCCUCCCUCCCCGAAGGCAUCCACCUCCUGACAAGCCUUCGAUGGCUGACACUCAGCAACUGUCCAAAAAUCCAAAAGCUGCCUGCCAGCAUCUCUCAUUGCCAUUCCCUCAAAAGAGUUUCUAUUCAAGGUUGCCAUGCACUCACACACGUAC